AUGGGUAUUCGCGCCAAGCUCUUUGGGGAAGUGGAGGGGCGCCAGCUCUUGGCCUGGCUCGAUGCCGGAUCUUGCUUGGCUCGUUGUCAAACUCUGGACUUGUUCCUUGCUCUCUUCCGCAAACCCAACCAUGGUGUAUUGCGGGAAGCCCUCCAAGGGCUGUCAGAUGUGCCGGACCCGGCGUAUCAAGCCACGGCCUCUUCCUCUUCCUCCGCCUCUUCAUCAUCAUCCUCAUCCUCUUCCUUCGCCUCCUCCUCCACAUCUCCCACCACACCCCCACCCCCAUUCACAACCGCCACCAGGGCCAUCCGCUUCCAACCGCACCACUCCCGACAGCGCCAAGAACAAGUCCUCAUCUUCGACCAAGCCCGAGCCCGAGCCCUCUCCCCGACCCCCAUCCACAUCGCCCCGGAGUCCCUCGCGCCGUGCCACUUCGUCGCCAACUUCGUGCUGGCCCCGCGGCACGACGGCUCGCGCGGCUUCAUGGAAUACCUCGUCCCGCUGCUCGACCGGGCGACCGCCCUCUCCGGGACCGGCAGCGGCAACAGCAGCGAGGCGCACCUGCUGCAUGCCUUCAACGCGUGCGCCCUGGCGUCGCUGGGCAACCGCACGUCGUCGUCGGUCGCCUCCAACGCGCCGCCGCCGCUGGCCAAGAUGGGGUCUGCUUUGGGUGGGGGGAUGCCGGGGCUGGGAGGGGCGGCGGCGGGUGGGCAGCGCACGGGGGUGCUGGGGAAGGCGUUUGCUGAGUAUAGCAAGGCGUUGAGGGCGACGCAGGCGGCGUUGGUGGAUCCGGAGAGGUGGAAGGGGGAUGGGGUGCUGGCGGCCGUUUUGUUGUUGGGCAUGUUUGAGAAUAUUACGGCCAAGCAGCUGGGCAACAUGGCCUGGGGAUCACACAUCGAGGGCGCGUUGCAGCUUGUCAAGGCCCGUGGGCGGAGCCAGCUGAAGACCGUGAUCGGUGUGCAGUUGUUUAUUGCUGUCAUCCACACCCUUGCUACUGGCAACCCUCCACCCAUGGGCACGGACUGGUGGUUGCAGGAUGCUGUCUCCGACUCGACCGCCUCCGAAUGCCAACGGCUCAGCCUCCUGACCGGCGAGUUGCGUGCUGAUAUAACCCGCCUUAUGACCGGUGUCACCCGCACUCCACACAAUAUCAAGCUUGUUGAGGACUUGAUGCGCCGUGCGCAAAGUCUAGACGAGCAGGUUGCGGUAUGGAUGGACUCGGUGCCAGAUGCAUGGCAAUUCAGGACAUUAUGCUGGCAGCUCCAGAGCCUCGCCGUUCCCGGCGGCAACGACUACUACAGGGCGGAAGUGUUCCCGGGACGGGUAGAUGCAUAUACCGACUUCUGGGUGGCGGGAGUGUGGAACCAGGCGCGGACGACGAGGCUUGUCCUUAUGUCUAUCAUAGUCCGAUGUGCCGCUUGGGUCUGCUCGCCCGUGGACUACCGAACGACACCCGAGUAUGCCACCGCAGCAAGAGUAUGCGUGGACACCAUCUCAGACAUCCUAGCCUCGGUGCCUUAUUACUUGGGGUGGCACACCAAGAGGAAAGAUUUGUUACCAGAGGAUGGAUCAGCGGGUUUUGCCUAUGGCGACAACUUUGGGAUAAAAGGGCUGGCUGGGUAUUUUCUAACCUGGCCCCUGGCCUGUAUGCUAACCCAAGACUAUACGACCGAUGCCCAACGAGCAUACAUCAGGGGCAGGCUCAAACACAUCGGCGACGAGCUGGGGAUCAAGUAUGCGCAUAUAUUAUCACUGCUCAAUGUGCGUGUCCCGUCACUGCUCAUUCGCUCUGAUGGUCUGCUUGCCAAACCGUACCCCAUGGCACACGAUUUUGAGAAGUUGAUAUCGUCGGGCCGCCAGGCGUAUCCGCUCCCGAAGGGGUAUGCGCCCAGCCAAGAGCCACCACAAUCCCCCCAGAGCGAGGGCGGUCCAACAAGUGCGCCCGGGUCGAGAUCACGACUAGCCAUGGAGAAGCAGGUUUCUACGUGGCAUUAA